AUGGCCUACUUUCCUGGGAUGGCAAAGAACCUCCUGGAGGAGGGUGCUGCUGUGGUGAUCUCAUUUGCCACCAUGGCCAACGAGGUCGACAAGUUUCGUUCCAGGGCGAUCCUGCUGGUCGCCUGGGCCGACAUCAAGUACUUCAACAUCACCAUGGGCGAGGUGGCUCUGGCCUUCAGUAGCAGGAUCCGCAUCCCGCGCUACGAGGCCAGGGUCAUACGCCACCAUCCGGAGCACUUCACGGUCCUCUUCGACUACCCGCCGCAGCGUGACAUGCCGGUUCAGGCAGGCAUCCUGCGUGUCCGCGGGAUCCACUUCGACAUCCUGCCAUGGACCGAGACGCAGCACGGGAGGGACAUCACCUGGUGGUACCGUUUGUUGGUUGCCAUCGAGAACCUGCUGAUUCAUGCCUGGAACCCCCAGCACCAGCGGCGCCACCCUGACCAGGAUGACGACGACGGUCACGGCCCCAGGGGGCCGUCCCGGGGGAUUCUGGAGCGCGGGCGGCAGGCCUUCGUCAUUCUGCGUCGGGUCGGAGGAAGCGCCAGUGCUGGUGGCAGCAGGGAGCGCACUCGCUCCCCAUCGGCGUAUAGGCGCAGGGACGCUGGUGAUCAGGAGGUGCCUAUGGACGGGGAUCGCGGCAGAGGCGCUGUGCGGGGUGUUCGGGGCUCGCCUAGAGCUUGGGACCCCCCGCGCAGGGAGGACGCGGACUGGGAGCGUCACCGCUCACGGUCACCUCUCAGAGUAGCCGGACAGGAGAGGUGCAAUGGCAAUGACGGCGAGACGGAGGCAGCCCCGGUGAUCGAUGACCUGGGCUCGGCUCUGCUCUCGGGUGCGCUGCAUGGCGCGGGUGGUGUGCCAUCCCCGCCAGUGCUGCACCCGGACCCAAUGAUGGAGUUUUACAAGGGACUAUGCAGCGAUGACAUUGGUGGAGUCGUAGCGGAGGGGGCAACCUUGGGCUGGGAUCCCAUGCUCGGUGAGGCCUCGGCAAUGUGCCACAAGAUGGUGUGCAGGCCCCUGUCCUUCUCCCUGCCGCCAUUCCCACCAGAGGAGACCCCCGGCUCGCCUGACUACACCCCGGUUUCCACCCUCUGGGGCAAGGUGGCUGAUCUGAAUGAGGAGGCGACGGUGCUUGGCUAUAACAAUGUAGUGCACUUCGGUCCUGGAGUGCAGUUAUCUCAGGAGAUUGGGGGUCAGCUGAGGGAGACGGCAAUCACUGAGCAGGUGGCAGACAUGAUGCUUGAGGAGCGUAGGAACAGCAUUGUAGAGAGCAUCUUUGUGCCAUGUGAGCAGCCGCUGCUGCAGGUGCCUGAGACCGGCAAGACCAAGCGGGAAGACUGGGCCGAGCAAGACUGCAAGGAAGGAGCAGACCAGGAGGAGCACCAGGCAGCAGGUGCUGACCAACUCGGUGCCAGUCUCCAAGAGGGCCACCCACCGCGGCACCGCCUCAUCAAGGCCUUCUAG